AUGCCUCCCACUCACCUACCUGUAUGCUUGGAUGUAGAUUUCGAAACCAUCGAGGUAGGUGUUGGGGAGACGUUGUACAGAUGCGAGCUUUGCCCUGGGAGGGCACCCACCAAGAGCUAUCGCGAUCACAUCAGCUCCGCUAUGCAUCAACGAAAGAUUACCGAACGUGAGGCAGCCAGCAGAAGUUUGGGCACGGCACCUGCCCAGCUUCCCCCCAAAGGUUUGGCGGUAGAGCAGCUGGUGGAAGAAGAUCGAGACGCGCCAGACAGCGAUGGCUUUGAGUGGGAUGAUUACCUCUUUGAGGCCAUCAAUCAAUUGGCUGAUGAACAGGUACCCCGACAGCUUUUUAACAUUAAAAAGGCUACUUCUUCGGAGUCUUCUUGA